AUGACUUCUCACGCCGCUUUCGAGGCCAGUGUAGGCAAGGCUGCUCAGCCUAAUGCAGCCGAGCUGGUUUCUGUCGAGGAUAAGAGAGAACUCUCGAAGGAGAAACAGAUCGAGGAUGUUGAUACGGAUGAUCAAAAUCUCCACUACGAUGAAGUCGACGAAGAGCCCGAGCUUCACGCGAGAACCUACGUGGCCCUGUUUUCCAUGUUCCUCUUGAAUAUGGUCCAAGUUGUGGCUUUGCAGGGGCCUCCCGCGGUGCUCAACUUCAUUGGCGAUAGCCUCAACAACUCCAAAACCCAAACAUGGGUCCCGAAUUCUCUCUCGCUUGUACAGGCAGUUCUAGGCCCUGUCAUUUCUCUCACCUCGGAUACCUUCCAAGCUCGAAAGAGCAUCCUCGUUGGCUCAUCUCUCAUCUCGCUCAUUGGAGCUGCCAUCGCUCCCGGCUCAGGCAACAUCUACAGACUGAUCGUUGCUCAAACCUUGAUUGGUGUUGGUUUUGCAGCAGUCCCGCUCGCAUAUUGCGUUCCUAGUGAGAUCUUGCCGAGGAAAUGGCGGCCGAUGGCACAAGCAUUCAUGAACGUUGCCGCUUCCUUGGGUGCCAUUCUCGGGCCUAUGGCUAUUGGCUCCCUGACAAAACACAAUCCAGUGGACGGCUGGCGUAAGUUCUACUGGAUCCAAGUUGGCCUCUGGGGAGCGACGGCUGCAGGCAUCUUUGUGGGGUAUAGACCACCCAAGAGACACACCAAGCUCGACCACCUCUCUUUCUGGCAGAAGCUGGGCCAUAUCGAUAUUCCUGGCUGCUGUCUCCUUACUGUUGGCUUGUCUUUGUUUCUGACUGGUCUGAACCUCGGAGGAAAUCUGUACGCGUGGACUAACUCGCGGACACUCGUGACCCUCGUCGUGGGAAUUGUCAUCCUCAUCGCGUUCGGCGUCUACGAGUGGAAAGGUACCAAGACCGGAAUCAUGAACCACACCCUCUUCCGUGGUGGAAAGGCGGCAGGCCGCACAUUUGCCAUCUGUGUGGGCUUGAUUUUCAUCGAAGGCACCUUGCUUUUCUCAUAUAUCGUCUUCUAUCCUGUCUUGACCACAUCGCUCUUCGAAACGGAUCCGUUGCUGCUCGUGACUCGAGAAAUAGCCUUUUGGAUUGCAGGCGGAAUUUCGACGGUGAUCUGGGGGUACGCAAGUACUCGGUUCCGGACCAUCCGCGAGCCGCUCUUCCUGGGUUACUUGAUCUUCACUGGCGCAAUCAUCGGCUGGACUACGAUUCAACCACAGGACAGCACCACGGCGGUCGUGAUGGGUGGUCUCGCAGGAUUUGGGUUCGGGGCUCCACUGAUCCUGAUUAUUGCGGGUGUCCAGCUCUCCACGCCACACAGUCUCAUCGCAACGGCAACUGCGGUGACGACUUCGUCUCGAGCAGUAGCAGCAACGGUCUUCACUGCCAUAUACGCUGCAGCACUAAAUACUCGACUUGGCACUAACCUCCCUAACGGCGUCGGAGGAGCGGUCGCGAAAGCCGGGCUCCCUGCGAGUUCCAUCCCGACCUUCGUUGAGGCUCUGGCCGCAGGCAAGACGGACGCUCUCAGCAGCAUCCCAGGGGUGACUCCGGCCAUCAUCGCCGUUGGUGUUGCGGCCCUGAAGCAAGCAUUUGCGGAUUCCAUACGGGUGGUGUACAUUAUCGCUGCUCCGUUUGGGGCGCUGGCCUGCAUCGCGUGCCUGUUCCUAGGUGAUUUGCGCAGGACGAUGAACUAUGUUGUUGAUGCGCCGGUGGAGGAUCUGCACGCGAAGAAGCAUCAUCAUCAUCAUCCCGAUCAGCAUGGGGAUAGUGAACACACGGCCUGA